UAUCCUAUUACGGCCGAUAUAUCUCCCAAAGAGCCCCGCAAACCGGCAGCCCGAGAUCAUACGGCGAAUUUUCGUCAUUGACUUCCGGUUCCUGCUUACAUAUUCAAGACCUUCACCUUUGUUACCUAACCUAGCCCGCACCUUAUUUCCCCAAGGCCACCAAUACAUGACCGAGUAAAUCGUAAUCAUGCGAUCGACGCCCCACGAUGUUAUUAAGUAGAGGUAGCAGGGUACGGGUCGGCUCUCGCGCAACACUCCAGCAGCUUACAAAUCUCGUGCAAAGGCGAAGACCCGACGAUAGUCGUCGCUCGCUUCAUCUCGCGCCUCCGUUCUUGCUGGAAGAUUAUAUCCCAAGGUACCAGCUGCUGUCUGAGGUCGAGGCAUCUAAAAAGCGCUCUCUCGCGUAUGCGCACCUUCGGAAUUGCAACUUAUGUCCGCGACUUUGCGGUGUGAACCGUUAUGAGACGACGGGUAUGUGUCUGAUUGGCCAAGACGUCAAGGUCAAUGUGAUAGCACCGCAUUUUGGAGAGGAACCCUGCAUACAGGGCCACAAUGGUAGUGGUUCCGUCUUCUUCUCCGGCUGUAAUCUAAGAUGCACGUUUUGCCAAAACCACGACAUCGCUCAUCAAAGGAACGGGUUCGACCUGACGCCUGAAGAGUUGGCUCAAUGGUACGUUAAGUUGCAGGAGGUGGGCAACGUCCACAACAUUAAUCUCGUUACUCCCGAGCAUGUGGUGCCGCAGGUCGCUCUGUCUAUCCUAGCCGCGCGCGAUAUCGGGCUCAAGGUCCCGAUCGUGUAUAAUACGUCUGCUUUUGACUCCCUUGCAUCGCUGGAACUUAUGGACGGUCUCGUCGAUAUCUAUCUCCCGGACUUCAAGGUCUGGAACAAGGCCACCUCGCAGCGCUUGCUAAAAGCGGAGGAUUAUGCUUCGACGGCUACAGAGAGCGUCAAGGCUAUGCAUGCGCAGGUCGGCGACCUGUGUUUCACCGGCGACGGCAUAGCGAAAAAGGGUGUUCUGGUAAGGCACUUGGUUAUGCCAGGAAAAGAGGCUGAAAGCGAGGAGAUCAUGAAGUUUCUGGCAGAAAAUGUGUCGAAAGACAUCUUUGUUAAUAUCAUGGAGCAGUAUAGGCCGGCGGCUCAUGUUGGGAAACCGAAGAGAAGAACUAAGAAAGAAACGGUUGAGCAGGGAGACCAGGAGGAGGUGAGAUAUGCGGAUAUAAAUCGACCUGUUACUAAGGAUGAGAUCUCUAUUGUGAGGAAGGCCGCGGAAGCUGUGGGUUUGGUAAGUGGUGUCCUAUGGAAUCCUUUUGAGUUGUAUCAUGAUUCUUAAGAUUGGCGGUGACUAAUUUUGACCAUAGUGGC